GUCAUUUGUCAUUACCUAGUACUGACAACGCUUAACAGAAAAAUAUUACCAAAUACAUUAUUUGAACUUUGGUUAUGGAGAUAAUGCAAAUAACUAUUUAAUUUUUCAAAUCAAUUUUAAAUACUUUAGUGAUCUAUUAUUUUGAAAACGGGACAGUUUUUCUAGUAUGUCGUCUGAUCAAAAUUGUAUCUUUUGUAAAAUUGUAUGUGGAGAAGCUCCAUCAGAAAUACUAUUUCAAAAUGAUGAAAUUAUUGUAUUUAAAGAUAUAAAGCCUGCAUCUAAGCAUCAUUACCUAGUAGUACCAAAAAAUCACAUUAUUAAUGUUAACCACUUAGUUACAAAAGAAGAUAAACUCUUAGUGGAAAGAUUAAUUGAAAUUGGUAAAAAAGUCCUAGAAGAAAAUGGGGGUACUAUUGAAGAUGCAAGAUUAGGGUUUCAUUUACCUCCUUUUAACUCUAUAAAUCAUUUACAUCUUCAUGUUAUAUCUCCAAUGUCUGAAAUGAGUUUCUUCAGUAGACUUAUUUUUAAACCAAAUACGUGGUGGUUUCAGUUGGUUGAUGAUACCUUAAAGAGACUCAGUAAACUGUGAUCUAUAAUUCCAUUACAGUUAGAUUUGAAUUGUAAAUUAAUUUAAUAUAAAUUUAUUUUUUAAUAAUUUGAAUUACCAAAUAUUCUCAGAAAGGAAUAUAAGAAAAAAAUUUUAAGGUUACUAUAAGUGUAUAUAAAUUGACACUGAAAACUAUUUUGAAAAUUUUGUAAUAAUGUCUCUACCUAAGAAGGCAAUGUUCUCAAAAAUGUUCAAUUAUCUCUGUUUCAAGCUGUUGACAACACAACACGUUCCAGUUCCAUAUCUAUGGAAAUCAGUCAGUAACGUAAAUAAUUAAUUUCAAACAUUAACCAUCAUCAAAAAUCAAUUGAGCUUCCAGAAUUCCAACAUAAAUGAAAUUCUUAAAACCGCCAAUCAAUUUUUUAAUUAAUUUAAAUACACUCCGCUUUUUCUUUCCUAAUUUGUUAGAGCAAAUAGAUGUAGGUCUUUUUGUUAACCAAUCACAUUUUUUUUGUAAUUGUCCACACCAAAGCCCUAUUUUAAUGUAAUGUAUGUCAACGCCCUGGAACGCCCUCUACGAAUUAAUCCUUUACUGUGUACAGCCUAUAACAUAAUUACAUGUUGGUUGAAUCAAAAGCUGGUAGAGUACAUGGAGAAGUAGGAGAAUAUCAAUGCGGUUUCCGCCAUAACCGUUCUAUUGUUGAUCAUCUAUUUACGCUACAUCAGACCCUAGAGAAAUCUUUCGGGUGUAUUGUCAAUCUUCACCAGCUCUUCAUUGACUUCCGCCAGGCGUACGACAGUGUCCUCAGAGAAGGAUUCGCAUUUAUGGCAAGGAAACCUAGACUUGUUUUUGCAUCUGACACAAUAUUUCUUGUUGCCUUCUGGAAUCUGUUUUAUAUCUGUUUUUCUUCUUGAUAGACGGUCUCUGGUACAUUCUUGUGAUAAGACCAUCUUUGCAAAUGUGGUUCAAUCAGGGUCAAUGUUAUUUGUUUCUUAUACACUCUCAUGUUCAAAUCGACUCUUGAAUCGGGAUGAUUGUAAACAUGAAUAACUUGACUGUUCACUCCAGUGAACAUCUUCUAGAUCUGAUGUAUCAUCAAUUGCUUUAUCAGUCAUGUUCCUCCCAUGGGCGCAAGAAUCUUUGCUGCUCUUUUUAAUAGUCCAUUUUUGUUUAUAAAUAAACGAUUCUAAAAUAUGGACGUAAUAAAGUUAACAGUUAUUACAGAAAAAAAAUGAUCGCGCGGAGUUAGGAGUCUAAAUCACAUUUGACAGAAAACGACUUGCACAACCGCUCACAAACAACUAAUUUAUUCAACUAUGCCGUAAAUCAAGAAGCUAGUUUUCGGCGGCAAAAUGAGUAAAUGGCCAAACAAUUCCGGCACGCGGAGUCUUAUCAGACCAGACACGACUACUCCAGGCUUAAGCUUUUCCUAAUUUCGUAUACCUUGUGUCUCUUAUUAGCACUAGCGCUGAAGUAUUUGUUGUCUACUUGAGAAAAACAGGAAGUUGAUAAACGAUAACGCGAGAGAAUGGACUGCAGUGUUAAUUGUCAAUAGCUUGAUAAACAGAAAAAAAAACACUACACAUCAUUGAGGAUAAUAAUCAACACACAUUUUUAUAAGAAAUGUUCAUCUUAAGUUAUAUAAUGGUACGUAGAGCGGUAUAUGAGUUCUUGAUCUCAUAUAGUAAGUAGAGUAGGUUCGUAAAAAUCUUUACACGCGCCUCAGUGACAAGACUCAACAAGCUUCACACUAAGUUUCAAACUCCAUUUAAUUCUAAUAGAGGUCGAACGACCAUUAACUAAAGAGAUUAACCUCAACACAAAUCAAUAUAAAAUGGAAGCUGUUUACGGUGACUUGUGUCAAUAAUUUGCAACAAUUAAAAAAUUGGUCUAAGUGUUUCGCUGGGGACGUUUACAAAGAAUAUAAUUUCCUGCCUGUUUCGUGAAAUAAGAGAGUAUGUAAAAUAUGAUUAGUAACACAUUGACCAAGAAAACUUUCUGAUUCCAGCGUGACGUCAUGUGCGAGGCGUAACAAAUUUAGUCGAAAUUUCAGCAUACCGGUGUAUGUGUAACGUGAUGGAAAUAUUGAGUGUAAAAAUCUCUCCUCUUUAGUUUAUUAUUAUUUGGAAGUAAAUUUUUAUAUUUGAAUAUAUUUCGAAAAACAUCGACAACCUUGUAAAAAAAAUUAUUUUAGUACUUCCUAAAAGUAAAGAUAAAGGUUUUCGAGCUACAAGUCAUAAAACCAGGUAAAAUUUUAAAUAUAGAAUAGAUCAUACAAACCCAAAAUAUAAGUUAAGGGACAACCAUAGUGAAAUUAUUGGAAGUAUAUUGUUAGUUCUCUCCGAUCCUUAACAUUGUAAGUCAUACUUCCGAAACUCUAAUUGGAAUAGAACACAACCUUCCAAUUAUUAACUUCUUUAAUUAUUUGGCCAAGUAUGAUAAGAACUCAUAAUAAUAUAAAAAUGUUCUUUCAAGUUAUUCUUGCUCUAGCUAGAGUACUAAACGAAAUUAUAAUGUACUCAGUACAUCACCAAAUAUCCAGAUUCCUAGUGUCGAGUGUCGAAUUUAUUACUUUAGUUAAAAAUUGUGUUGUUUAAUUCUAAUGCGAUCUAAAAAUUUCCUAUUUAAUCACAGUUUUAAUUUGUUAUAUUGUCAUUUAAAAUUAAUAAAGAUUUUAUGGAUA